GACCCAGUACACCUCGCUCCGAAGGUCCUGGUGGUAGGCAAUUUGGGGAGGUUGACGAGCUACAAAUUGUAGUCGGUGGCUGGAACGAGUGUAAGAGGGAACAUAUCGAGCAGGAUGUGCAUGAAAUCUUUGGCAAAAUGGACGGGGACGCACUUGUUAAACAGAUCUUCAUCCCAUAUGUGCGCUGCGGGUACUGCCGCAUUGAAAUCAACUAUCCAGAGUCGGACAUCUGGAAGCAGCGCAAACUUCAGGGGGUUAUCGUCCAAGCCAUUAAGGAGCUUGGCUUUGUCUCCCGCUCCCCAGGCCAAGAGCGCUGUAAGUUCUGGGCGACCCGCAAUCGCUCAAUCCAGGACCGUGCUAAGGUGCGAGCGGUCAUCUCAACUUGGGAGCUCUGUGUUCGCCACGUCGGCGAACUCUGUGCCGACAAAGAUUGGCGUGGAAAGGUCUGGGUGAACUCAGUCCAGGUCCUGCAUCACGUUGAUGUGAGGAGAGUCAUUUUGGAACACUUCGGGGUCAGCGAGGAGGUUCGAGGGGCAGAAAUGACCUUCCACAAGAGGGAAGAUUAUCGGAUGGCACUCCCGUCCGACCACAACGCCGUAGGCAUUGUGGCCCUUUGGGGGGAGCUGCAACAUCAGCCUGAAUGGGAUGAUGAGGAGAUACGAGACCUCAUCAAAGCUCGCGCCCGCAGCAAGGAUGAGUGGCAACGUGCCGCCCUCAUGCAAGAGAUCCACCAACGGCGCACGGAAGCGAAAGCUACUCAUAAGCAACAUUUGCUUGAGGAGGCCCGAAGUUGCAACUGCCGCGCUAUCGCUCACAUGCGAGCGAGUGCUUCUGGGGGUAAGACGCAGGGUUCCUACAUCCAACGAUGCGGGGGGGCACAACAGGCAUCAACGGAUCUGUUCUCCUUCUAUGAGAAGAAAUACCAAGCCCUUGAAGCUCCGCCCUCGCAGGAACAGCUUGACGCCCUCACUACCCUGCAUGAGUCACAGCCUGCUCCAGACGUCACAGUUGAGGAAAUCUUUAAAGCCAUGAAGGGGGCACGUAAUGGUGUCAGCUCAGGGCUUGACGGCACUAAUUAUGAGGGCUUCCGUCACUUGCUUGGGCAGGACAAAAACAACCGCAUCCCGCGGUACUUCAGUGAGCUAAUACGAGGGACCAAGCCUCUCCCCGCUUCCUGGCGGAAAGGACGUAUAGUCUUGCUUCCCAAGGUCCCGCGCCCGGCACAGCCCAAGGACCUGCGCCCCAUAUGCCUCACGCCUGUUCUGGGGCGCAUUUUCUCUAAAGUGCUUAUGAAUCGUGUCCAUCAGUUUGCGCCGCAGUACUCAGGCCACCAAAUUGGCUGUAGGCCUGGAGUACAGGCCGCAGAUGGGAUUAUGGCGGCGCAGGCGACACUGCAGCUGCUCAAGCAGGUCCGUGGACAGGCAUUCGCUGCCAAGGUCGACAUCAAAGCUGCGUUUGACAGCCUCAGCUUAAACGCAGUACUCAAGUGGCUUCGUAGUUGUAGGCCGGGGAUUGAGUGUUCCCGUCUUUACCAACUCUUGUCGGGCACCUCGGUAGAGCUUUGCCUUGGGGGUGAGAGCAAGACGAUUUCUCUCGACCGAGGCCUGAUGCAGGGCACAGCAUAUUCAGCUGAUGUGUUCAGUCGGGUUAUGGAUUUUUUCCUAGCCCCGCUGCAUGACCAGUUUGACAGUGCAUAUGAGGAAUGGAAUCAGCCCCCCCUAGGCCUGCCACAUUUCAUCGUGUACGCAGACGACAUCAUCCUCUUUGCCGACUCCUCUGCCUCACUUCAGAAGAAACUCCAAUCCAUUGUUGAUUCUCUCUCCGUUCUGGGUUUGGAGGUCAAUCCUGAUAAGAGCAGGGUCAUGGCGAGCAAUGAUGGAGCAAUCCCUGGGCUCUGGCUAAGGGGCAGAGCUGAGCCCCUUCUUGCAGAGGAGUCCUUGGUAUUCCUAGGAGUGCCACUUGCUCACACGCACACGCCCCAUAAGAUCCUGACUCAUAUGCUCAGGAAAACAAGCAAUGCAUAUUAUGGCUUCAAGCGCCUGAUGGAUUCGGGGCAUGCUCCCAUUGGAGUACGCCUUUUGAUUUUCAGCACCUACAUAACGGCCAAGUGGGCCUGGUGCGCACCGCUUCUAAUCCCAACCAAACAGGCCCUUCGGCGAAUCGAGUCUGCUAAGAACACAUUUUUAUUAUCGCUGUUCAGGCUCCCUACCGAUCCGCUCCUCUCCUGGAUAGGCAAUACUAUAUCUAGGAGGCGCGCUGUGCGCUACCUCUGCCAAGUGAAUGGUGGCCCCAACUGGCGCGCUGUGUGGCUCGGGCGGCAAUGGGCCUAUCUAGGCCACUUAGCCCGCACCCCGCAUAAGCAGCCUAUGAGACGGCUGCUUACCAUGUGCCACAGCCGAAACAUCGGAGGGACGCUGCAGGACUUCACGGAAGUGCCUUACAGCACUCCGCUGCAUGCCAUUCGAGCUGCUAAGGUUACAGGCUUGCGCCUCCCGGUCUUUAUGCCUAAGGAACUGUUGCAACGGGGAGUCUUUCAUGGACAUGUCCCCCUCGCACUCCUCACUGACGCCACGGAAGCAUUGAAUUUGCUUGACAGGACCAUGGCCUGUGCCCUAGAGAGACGAGCACUUGAGCUCCUCGAGCAUGGUGAGCCCAGUUACCAGGAUGCCUGCGCCCUAGCCCAACAGAUGCUUGCAGUUUGUGAGGGACCCGUGGCUUUGGGUGCCUAUGUUAGAGUCAAGGCAGGGAUCCGACAGAACACUCAUGCGUAUCCUGAGACGACUCGCUUCUUUGCGAAAUUUCUGGCAGAUGAGUUCCCUGGGGACAGCUUCCUCACUCUCCAGAUCCAGAUGAACCGUAACAGGGAGCCGCACCGCACGUGGGUUGAGGACCCUGCAGGUACUCUGCCGCUUAAGUGCCCAGAUGGCAAGAUGACGAUGGGCAUUCAGGGACACACAGCACGUGGGGACGCCCCGCCCGGACAUGCGGCCCUCGACGGUGCUCAGUACCUCAUGGGUGGCAUUCUUUCCAUUCUUGAACAGAAUGGAGUCAACCAUGUCUAUGCGGUGACAGUGGUUGUGGGCAUUUUUGUGGCUUGGACUGUCAUGACAUGUGUCAAGUCAAGGGGCCGUGUGACGGGCCCCCUCCCCGCCACAACAGGUGUCCACGCACCGGACCCAAGCCUGGCUACGAAGACGGAGGCGCAAGUGAUGCUGGAAAACAUGAUCCAGCACUUAGAAGGCCGCCUAUUGCAUGCCACCUCUGCCAGUACUGACGGAAGUGUUGCCACCAUCACGAUGUCGGUGGACACGGUGGUGGAUGCGGUGGGGCAAGCAAUCAACGCGAAGAUGAUGGAGCUCAAGCCCUUUGACAAGGUGAUGGAAGCAUUCUCCACUGCUACGAAUUCAUUGGAUUCGGCAGAAAAGGAAGGGCUUAAGGAGCUCAUCGGGCUUCUGAAGACGGUGGCCUCCUCUUUGGAAGCUACCCGUGAGAGCAGCCAGAAAGGUGCUGACCUGGCAGGGGCACAGACUAAGCAGCUGGACACGCUGCAGCAACUGCUGCACUCAGCGGGGCAGACCGAGCAGGCCCGCUUCGGAACGCUUGAUAAGCAGAUGAAGCAGAAGAUGGAUGCGCACCAGGAGGAGCUGCUUGGUAAGCUGAGCAGCUUCGAACAGACGUUCACGAAGGCGAUGACGAAGCACGACACGGACCAUGCACGUCUGGACGUACUCAUCGCCAAGCUGGAUGGAGUGGCCUCCAAGUUUGACAAGCUUCCGGAUACUGAUUCUCACGGGUCGAGGAAGAAAGGGCCCGCGCGGGAACAUAAAUACACACAUGCGUGA